CUGAUGGAUGCGGCUGCGGAUAUUCUUUUGCCGCCAGAGUCUGUACGCGGGAUGCGAGUAUUAGAUAGGAGUGCAUUUAACAAGGUUGUUGCGAUUCCUGCUUUGAGGGUUGAGCCUCGACACUGCAGUGCAGUCAGAAAACGGUUUGAUGGACGUUUGCUCGCUUUCAAGGGCAUUAAAACUAUUAUCAGUGAUGAUGACGCAGAGGGUAGCAAACACAAGCUGAUCUUGUUGCCACCCAGUGAUAUUGAUUCUGUUCAAAGAAAUUUAGUACCAGAUGACAAAGACUAUUUGAAUCAAAUAGAAGCCACCUUGUGUACCCACCAGUUGCACCUGAAUUAUAACGUCUGGAGUGCCCAACAGGUGAUUCGAGCUAUCUUACCAGAUGACAUUGAGGAGGUCACUACUUCGUUUGAAACAGUAGGCCACAUUGCACAUGUCAACUUGCGCGAUUCUCAGCUAGACUACAAACAUGUGAUUGGUCAAGUCUUACUGGACAAGAACAAUCCACACAUUCGUACUGUAGUGAACAAAUUAUCGGAUAUCCAAGAGACGUAUAGAUUCUUUAAAAUGGAGGUGCUAGCAGGCUCAGAUGAUAUGAUAGCAACGGUUCGAGAGAACGGUUGCAUGUUCACAUUUGAUUUCUCACAAGUGUACUGGAACUCACGUCUUCAUACUGAACACAGUCGUAUAAUAGACAGCUUGACAUUGAAUGAUGUUGUGUGUGAUCUGUUUGCUGGUGUUGGACCGUUUGCUUUGCCUGCUGGCAAGAAAGGUUGUAUGGUAUAUGCAAAUGACCUCAACCCUGCUGCGUAUCAAGCACUCUGUAAUAAUGUAAAGAUAAACAGAGUAGAGAGUCGAAUCAGAGCUUAUAAUUUGGAUGGUCGUGACUUUGUAAAGAAAGUAAUGCAAGAAAUCCAGUCAAGCCACCGAUUGAUUGAGGAACAAGAAUUUGCCAAACAUAACCAUGAAUUCCAACACUCUAUUAUUUCACCAAUGUUCACUUGCAUUGUAAUGAAUCUGCCUGCUACAGCCAUAAAAUUUCUGGAUAUCUUUCAAGGGCUGUUGAAGGGUUUAAAAAAUGUUGCUCUUCCAACCAUCUAUUGCUAUUGCUUUAGUAAAGCACCUAAUCCUGAAGAAGAUGCAAGACAGCAAUGUGAACACAUGCUAGGAACAAAAAUUGAAGCUAACGUUCAUCGUGUCCGAGAUGUUGCUCCAAAUAAAGUGAUGCUAUGUGUCCAAUUCAAACUACCACAUGUUGUGGCUUUCAAGACCAGCAAUGAUGCUGACAGUGAUGCUGAAGAGCCAGCAGCAAAGAAAGUGAAAACUCAUGAAGUAUAUCCUGCAGGUUCAAGGAAUGUGACUAGUGAAGAAUUGAAUUUGUGACACCAUGUUGUCUGAAUAACAAUUUACACUUUGACAAUUAUCUUGUAUUGUCCUUUAACACUGCUCUGUGAAAGUAGUUUAGUAAGACAAUUGUAAUUAAUGAAUGAUAAAGAAGUAACAAUUCACUAAUAAAGUAAA